AUGACAUCAGUAGAUAUAAAUUCAACUGAUAAACUUACUUCAUCCAGUAAUCAAAAUAACGGACAUGAAAAUGAAGAUAAAAUUGUACAAGAAUUUGGUCAUUUACUUGAAAAAUCUAAACAAUUAUUUAAUGGAUUAAGGGAUCUUCCACAAUAUGGACAUAAACAAUGGCAACCCUAUUUUGGACGAACAUUUGAUAUUUAUACAAAAUUAUGGAAAUUUCAACAAGAACAUCGAAUACUUCUUGAUAAAAGAUCUGGUUUAAAACGUUGGCAAAUAGGUGAAAUAGCUUCAAAAAUUGGUCAACUUUAUUAUCAUUU